ACCACUGCUUGCUACGUUCGCAGUUUUACGAGAACACUAUGUGGUUUUCGUUCCCAGAUUUUCUAUCACCUGGCCAGAUUUCGGUCCUAUGUCUUCUUGCCUGUGUUUUUCUAACAGGAAAAGCGAUAUGGCGAAAUUAUUUUUCCAAGUUGCCUCCAGGUCCUUGGGGCAUACCAGUGAUAGGUGCGAUGUUCCGUUUGGGAAAAAAUCCCCAUAUUGAGUUCACCAAGAUGGCGCAGCAAUACGGGGACGUGUUCAGUCUGAUGCUUGGGAAUCGCUUGGUGGUGGUGCUAAAUGGACUCGAUACAAUUCAAGAGGCCCUUGUAAAGCAUUCCACAGCCUUUGCUGGGAGACCACAGCUCCACACUUUUAAACUUGGCAAUCGUGAGGGCACCAGUCUCACCCUGAGUGAUUACACUCCACAGUGGCGUCUAACCCGUAAGAUCAGUGCCUCCGCGAUGCAGAAUUUUGCAAAGGAUAAAAGCAACUUGGAAGAAAAAUUGUUGAAGGAAUGUAAUCGCUUGGUCUUCUGCCUUAAACAACAGAAAGGCAAACCCUUUGAUCCUCUAUUAACCUUCAAGUUUGCCACAGGAAACAUUAUUCUUAAUGCACUCUUUGGAGUAAAUCUCUCAUACCAAGAUGAAGCUAUUGGUAGAAUACUUCACCUUUCCGAGAGCUUUGGAAAAGCUUUAAAGAGCAACAGCCAUGUGGAUUUUUUCCCUUUCUUGAAGUAUCUUCCCAAUAAGUCACUCUCCGAUUUUGUAUCCUUAAUGAAGGAAUCCUUUGAACGCGUUGCUGAGAUGUUCAUGCAGAACAAAGAGAGCUGCACCGAAGGGCACGUUCGUAACGUGGCUGACAGUUUCUUCAAUGUUCUCGAGAAAGAAAUGAUGAAAGAGAAAGAGAAUGGACCAGUUACAGAGAACACCCACGAAAUAGCUCCUCUGCUCGAUGAUAAGCAGAUCAUCUCAGCUAUAACAGAUCUCUUCGGUGGGGCCUUUGACACGUCGUCCACAACUCUUACCUGGGCCCUGGCGUACCUGAUCAAGUAUCCUGACAUCCAGCGUCAACUCCAAGUCGAACUAGACCACGUAGUUGGACGAGAACGCCUUCCCAUUCUUGAGGACCUGGCCUCGCUUCCCCUACUCCAAGCCACAGUCUACGAGCUUCUGAGGGUAACGAGCCUUGCUCCUCUCUCAGUGCCCCGUUCAACGACCAAGGAGACGAAAAUCCGCGACUUUGUUAUCCCGAAAGACACGAUGGUCCUUGUUAACCUGUGGUCUGUGCAUCGCGAUCCAGGAAUCUGGAAAGAUCCGCAUGUUUUUAAUCCAUGGCGCUUCCUGAACAGUGAUGGUGAGCUGAUCGAUCCAAAGUCAUUUGGAGGGUUCCUUCCAUUCUCUGCAGGUCGUCGAAAAUGUCCUGGAGAAUCACUGGCCUUAAGAACAAUCCCCGUCCUUCUUGCAACACUGCUUCACAGCUUCCGAUUUUCACAGGAAGGUUUGUCGAGUGUGUAUCGAGGCAUUAAUCUUGAAGGUAAUUUUGGUCUCACUUUAACACCUGAGACGUUCUAUGUACGAAUUGAAGAACGGAAGAAAACGGAGUGAGCUACGGGAUAGUAAUAUGUUAUACUAAACCGGACAAUCGUUACUUAUUCAGUUCAACAAUACGUUCAUAGCUGGUCAUGAUGUCAUUUUUAAGAAUCACUUGGGAAACGAGUAAAUCUAGAUGGAAAGGGACUGUCACAAAUUCUUUUUCAAGCACAUGCUUCAUUAAUGCUGUCAAAAAUAUUCAAUUUUAAAAUCAUCGGUGAUUUUUACAAUCUGAUUGACAAAGAGAUUUAAUCUAUGCAACAAUAGCACCAUGUUAGGUCAAGACUGCAUCUUUAUUGCUGCAUAAAUUAGAAAGAAGCGUUUAAGUGACUCAUCAAACUGCAGGAAAAUAAAAGAAAACAAGUCUGAAUUUUGAUAAUGGUGCAUGUAAUAGAGAGGCAAUCGAACUUCUUGUCGUACAUGUUGGGUGUGAAAUUAUACUUAGGAAUGAGCUUGAGAUAAAGUAUGUUGAAUUUAGCCGUCUUUACAACACCAGUGAAACUCCCUCGAUACCAAAAUAAACAUUUCAUUGUAUUCUUA